CCGAGGAAAUAAUUUUAAUGAGAGAAAAUGUAAGGUCUGUUGGGAUUUUUAAAUAUAAACAAGCUUUAGAUAAAUUGGGAUAUACUGUUAAUUUUAAAAAUAACUUCGGGCUUUUUUCCUGGUUAUUAGUAAAAGCAAUUGAAGCUAGGGUUAGUUAUUUGAACAUUCGAAACUAUCUAUCGGUUAUUUUUAUGAAAGUUUAUGGUAUUGAAUCAUGUAAGAUGAUUAGUUACAGACAGCUUCUUAAUGAUAAACUCUAA